AUGUCAGAAACAGCACCAGUGGAAUUGGAUCCGAACAAUUUACCUUCACACCAGAACUUCUAUAGUAAAUUCGAUACGGCUGAUAAGAGUGAAUGUAGUAGUAUUGGUGUCACGCCUGAACAGUUAAAGUCUCAAUUAGAGAGUAAAUUCAGUGGUUGUGAGCAAAUUAUUAAUGGAGCAGAGAAAAUCGCAAAGGCAUACUGUUCCGCAUGCAAGAUGAAGCAGGAGUGGAAAUCGAAAUCAAAGCCUGACGACGAUGAAAACACAUCCUGUGAAUUUUUUAAUUUUUGGUUGGGAGAUCAAUAUGGGGACAAAUUAAAUGGUAAAACCUUGUCAAACCUGCUGAGUGCAAUUCACACUACGCUGACGGGAGGUAAUUCUAGCAACAAAUGCAGAACUUAUUACAGAGGUUCUAACGAAACACUUGUCAGCCACAUGAAAAUAAUAUUCGAUUAUUUCUACGACCAUGAGGAAGUAAACAACAGGUUAAUGAAGAAUGGCCUCAAAUGUGAAGGAAAUUGGAUGGGUUACUUAGAGGGAAUUGCUUCAGCAUGUAUUACCAUGAGGGAGGCUUGCCCAAAUAAGGAAGAAAAGGAUAGUAAUUCAUAUUGUAAAGACUUCCAUACUAAGUAUGGGGUACAUUGUGAUUUAGCGGAAGCGUUAAAUUUGUAUUGUACAGAGGCAGCUACUCUAGACGGAGAUAAGAAAUAUUCCUCCGUAAAGCAGAAAUUAAAGGCCGAACGGCAGCAGGCACAAACAGCAACACAAGCAGAAGCAGAAAAACAAGCAGCACAAGAACAAUCCGCCCAAGCAAAAUCCAAACUAGAAGAAGCCGUUCAUCAAGCAAAUAAAGCUUCUUCUCUUUCUUCCACGUUUGGUACCAUAGCAGCAUUAGAAUUACCAGCAUUGGCAUACUUUUUAUUUAAGUAUAAACCAUGGUCUUCUUGGUUUGGUAACCACUCUUCUGGAAAUGGAAGGAGCAGAAAAAGAAGAGCAAUUGGACGGAACUUUAGUUCGUCCACAGAAGACACUUUAACAGAAUACUCUACAGAAACAUCUACAAUAGGUCAAACAGAAAAUUCAGCAGUACGUUCCUCUGUUGCCACAUACCCAAGGCAUUCUACCCAAGGACAGUCUACACGAAGAAGAAAUAAUAAUGCGGGGGGUCGCGGGAUGGUAGGUUAUCAAAACAUGUAG